AUGGCAACAAAAGCUUUGUUGAUCACUCUCCUGAUCGCUGCCGCCAUGGCUCCGGCUUUGGCCGUGGACUAUAUGGUUGGAGAGGGUGAAGGUUGGAAGUUAAAGGUUAACUACACUGAAUGGGCAGCCGGGAAAACCUUCGUAGUUGGAGACAAUCUAAUUUUCAUGUAUCCUGCAGAAGAUCACAAUGUAAUUCAGGUAAGUGGAGCUGAUUUCAAAGCGUGCAACAAGUCGGGUGCACUAAGAGGCCCUUACAACAGCGGAAAUGACAAGAUUGCCCUUGACGCGCCAGGGAAGAGGUGGUACAUUUGCGGCAAGGAAGGUCACUGUGACGGUGGGAUGAAGCUCGUCGUCUCUGUUGAGGCGGGAGCCCCGGCCCCCGCCCCAUCGAGUGCACCGGCUACCGGCUCGUUGGUGUGGAUGGCUGCUUCUGUAGCGGCUGCCUUCUCCAUGGUCAUGGCUUUUUAA